AUGGAUAAGCAUAAUUUAUAGGAUAAUGUUGAGUAUGAAACUUCAGAAGAAAUAACAAUUUAUCCAACUUUUGAAUCUAUGUAAUUAAGGGAAGAACUUAUAAGAGGUAUAUAUUAUUGUAAACUUAGGUAUCUAUGCUUUUGGUUUUAAUAAACCUUCAGCAGUGUAACAAAGAGCAAUUGUUCCUAUAAUAUAAGGAAGAGAUGUUAUAGUAUAGAGUCAGAGUGGUACUGGCAAAACAGCAGUAUUUAGUUUAUCAGCAUUGUCAAUCAUAGAUUUAUCUAUAAGGUAGAAGAUUUUUAUUAUUCUUUUUUAGGGAACCUUAAGUAUUGAUUUUAUCGAAUACUAGGGAAUUGGCAGAACAAAGUUCAAAAGUAGCAAUGGCUUUAGGAGAUUUUUUGAAUGUUUCAAGUAACAAUAAUAAAUGAUUAUAUGAUAGUUCAUGCUUGUAUAGGUGGACAUUCAAUUUAAGAUGAUAUUAGCAAACUAUAGCAUGGAGUAUAAAUAGUAUCUGGUACUCCUGGUAGAGUGUUUGAUAUGAUUUAGAGGAAAGAAUUAAGAGUUCGUCAUUUAAAAAUGUUGAUUCUUGAUGAAGCUGAUGAAAUGUUGACAAAAGGAUUCAAAUAAUAAGUUUAUGAUAUCUAUAGAUAUUUACCACCUACAACUUAGAAUGUAGUAGUGUCAGCUACCUUACCUCAAGAGAUACUUGACAUGACUGAUAAAUUCAUGAAUAAUCCACUUAAGAUAUUAGUCAAAAGAGAUGAACUGACAUUAGAAGGAAUAAAAUAAUUCUUUAUUCAAGUUGAUAAAGAGGAAUGGAAAUUCGAUACUUUAUGUGAUUUAUAUGAUACUCUAACAAUCACAUAAGCUGUUAUCUUUUGUUCAUCAAGAGAUAAGUGUGAAUGGUUAGCAAAUAAGAUGAGAGAAAAUGAAUUCACAGUGGUUUAAAUGCAUGGAAAAAUGAGUUAAAAAGAAAGAGAUAAAAUUAUGGCUGAGUUUAGAUAAGGAAAUAAGAGAGUCUUGAUUGCUACUGAUGUUUGGGGAAGAGGUAUUAUUAUUUAAAUUAAAAAAAUAAGGUCUUGAUGUUCAAUAAGUGUCCUUGGUUAUCAAUUAUGAUUUACCAAUUUCAAGAGAAUUGUAUAUCCACAGAAUAGGAAGAUCUGGUAGAUUUGGAAGAAAGGGUGUUGCAAUUAAUUUUGUUAAAUAAGAAGAUGUUAGAAUUUUAAGAGAUAUUGAAUAAUAUUAUUCAACAUAAAUUGAUGAGAUGCCAAUGAAUGUGACAGAUUUAUUAUGAAA